UAUUCGUCAGACUAGGGGUCAAGAACGGAGCGUUUGCACAGCAACCACAAGUCUUGUCUUUGCUCCACUAGAAAUAAUAUAGCAUCCAUGGGUUCACAACCUGCUUUGGCAUCGUUAUCGGAACUUCUUUGUGUCACCGUGUCCGUUCUCUCAUCACAAUAUUAUGUGUUCUCGGAGAGUAGACGCAUCCGGGAGUGGAUGCAUCCGAGAGUGAACGCAGUAUCAAAGUCAAACCUUCCGAAGCCAUGGUUCAAGUAUUUCGGCCGGUCAUCUAGUCCAAUAGGAGUGGCUCAUGAGUGUCACAUGGAGCAAGCUUGAUGAUCAAUUUUGGUUCCAUCACGCGUGGUGCAUCGAACUUCUGCAAGUUGCGCUAGCGAAAACCACUCAUGAGGGGAUUUAUACCAGC